GCAACGGUUUAUUUUCAAAUCUUCAGGCUCCAGAGACGAUAGUUCAGCAGUGCACCGGAUCGCUCAGAUCUUUGGAAAUAUGGCGUUAUUUUUAGUAUUUGUACUAUUUUAUAUCUAUUUACUUUUUAUGUCAUUUUUAAAAAAAAAUGUAUUUCAUCCUUACUGAGUGACUGAUUUUAUUUAGACUGACUCGACUCGACGCGCUAAAUCGUUCGGCGUUUUCUUUGUAAUGAUUUACUGAGGAAAAACAUUGUACAACUCAGCAAACUGAGGACAGCGGGAAACACGAGCGGGACAUAUCAGUCGGAAUCAGAAAUCGAUGAAACGGAAAAAGCAACGAUGUCGUCGGUGAGAGAAUGUCUCAGUUCAACUGAAUGAUUUUUGGUCUCUUUUGGUUUUAAAAUGUCGGUCACGACGCCUUUUGAUUGCCGUUUUUGUUCCGGCAAUUAUUCAUUUAGGCUACAAAGUACAAACUACGUGUAUUUUUAUGUGUGUGUAGACACAAGAUAUUAAUAGCAUUAUUAACCACAAGUAGCCUAAUCUACAUUGUUCUCUUGUGCUUCUUGUGGGAAGCAUAUAAACUCAAGUCAUUGUGAUUUUUAAAUCAAAACAAUAAUCCUGUCACCUGCACUGAAGCGCUGACGACAUCGGAAUUCGUUCUAUUCGUGACGUCACAGUCAGCGCGGGAGGCUUUAAAGUGCCGCUCUCGCUGAAAAACUCGCAUUUGACUCGUUGCUGUUAGUGUAUAUGCGAUUUAGUGUCGAUAUACGAUUAUUUGCAUCAGUCUACAGCUGUGAUCAGUGUGCAAUUUUGAAUGCUAAGUGUACGAUUCCCUGUCAGCGUCUGAUUGUGAAUCUGCAUUUUUCUAUUCAGUGUACUAUAUCCAUCUCGAUCUGUGUUCAGAUCUGUGUAUUAGUACAGUUGAAUUGCACAUCAUAGCUUUCUGAUCUGUGUGCGGUUUCGGAUCAUAAAAUAUUACUUGGUUGAAAGAUUUUGGAUCAGUGUACCAUUACAGAUCAGAAAAUGUAUAGCAAUAAAUUUCGCACACUCCGGCUCCCGACGUGUGUCAGUCCUGAUCUGACCGCACCACCUCUGACUGCCGCAGACAGGCCAAGACUGCAGCCACAACCACCGCCGAAAAGGAACCCAAAAGGCAUUGCGACGAUGACGGAGCUCACUCGCCAGAACAGUAUUAGUGUCUCCAGUCGUCCGCAGUCUGUCCAGCUUCCUCCCAUCUUUGGCACUUCCUAUGUUAGAGGACUGUGUCCAAAUCCACCCGCUCAGGAAAAGACGACGCCUUCAGUUCAAUGCCAUCAAUCAUUUGACAAGGCCAGACUGCAGAGAAACCUUGCAGAGAAGGUAUCCGAGCAGCACAUUGAGCGUCAAGUAGCCAAAGGCCGCAGAUACGACUUCAUAGAGGCUCGGAGGACAGAAGUGCGUCUGCGUCAUGGGCGUGAAAAGAUGGAAAUGGAGGAAGCUCUCGCUCUACAGAGAGCCAAGCUGGAACAGGACGUCCAUCAUGUGCGUCAGAAACAUACCCAGUUUCUGGAAGAGAAGAGGAGGAGGAUCCAGGAGAAAGACAUGGUUUGUCGUUUCAACCAACACCACAACGCUCGAGCGAGGGCUGUACACCGACACAACGACUGGAAACAAGGAAAUGGAGUCGAGUAAAAUCGCUCCAGUACGCUCAAGUUGAACGACCCCCUCAAGCAGUUGGAAAUGGUGAAUAAUGAAUGAAAACGGGCUCCUCCUCAUCAUGGCGGACGGCCUCAGGCUCCUCCACUCGCUCACGGACGACAGCCGCCCCUCCACAACCCAGGCGGCUGGCAGCGAGUUCGUCCGUUCCCCUGGCGAGUUACUCCAGCCCACCGCCGCGAGCGUCCACUGCAGCAGACUCUGCUCAGACGCGCUCGCUGGCACAGCGGAUUUCCCACAGUUGCGUUCCUCCUUUCUUCUGUUUAAAGUUCGCGGAAGAAGAAGGCGGGAAACCAGCGAACGUUCAACAUAAUGCUUUAAUCAUAAAAUCCAAGCCUGGUCCUCCCUCAUAAAAGGCAAAAUGAACCAGAUAAAAUGCUCUUGCAAAUAAUAUUGAUCUAGACCGAGCAUGAGCUGAUUGCCUUGAGCUU